CACAAGAGCAAGGAUUGGGUGAAUUUUGGUCAUCCUCCCACCGCCCACAAUGACCCCGGCAGCAGCAGUGGCGGAACUCGGCCAGACUGCGCCUUCUGACGCUGUGCCCAUGUUCUUUCUCUUCUGCGAUGGGCGCCUGGGAAUUUCUUCCUCUUCCUUCACCGUGCAACCACCAUCGACCUAUAUCCCACAGCGUCUCAUGGUUGAGAGUGAGGUCCAUGGCUCUUCCCGCACGAUCACCCUACUCAAGCCAUGGCCAAAGGAGCGAAACGGGCACUUCAGUUGCCCAAGCAGCAACUGCUCAUUCUGGCAGUAUGCCGCUUCGCGGAGCCAGUCGCGAUGACUUCGGUCUACCCAUAUAUCCCGGAAAUGAUUCAAUCCUUCAACGUCCGCGAUGAUAAGGUGGCCAAAUGGGCCGGUCUCAUGUCUGCGACUUUCUCGCUCUCUCAAUGCUUGACUGGAAUUGCUUGGGGACGGGCCUCAGACCGCUUUGGCCGCAAACCCAUCAUCCUCCUCGCCCUGACCUGUACCAUGGUAUCUUCAAUACUCUUUGGCUUUUCCAAAAACCUCCUCUGGGCCUUCAUCACGCGGUCUUUGCAAGGCCUGUCGAACGGGAAUGUCGGGAUCAUUCGAACAGCCGUGGCAGAACUGGUCCCCCAAAAGGAAUUACAACCGCGUGCGUUCAGCAUCAUGCCGCUCGUUUGGAACAUCGGCAGUAUAUUUGGGCCGUCCUUCGGUGGAUCUCUGGUACAUCCUGUGGAACGAUAUCCCGAAGUCUUUGGAAGGUUGAAACUGCUCAAGGAAUAUCCUUUUGCGCUGCCCAACCUCCUGAUCAGUAUUCUUUUUUUGUGCGGAAUCACUGCCGGCUUCCUCUUCUUGCACGAAACCCUGGAGGAAAAGAAAUCCAACAGAGACUGUGGGUUGAUACUGGGCAAACUUCUGACCAAUUCCUGCACCCGAAAGCCGCAACGCAGGCCAUGGUCAAACACUGAAGAAUCAGAUCCAUUUCUCUCUGGGAUGUCGAGCGAACUGUCCACGCCGAUAUCCGGUUCCAUUUCCGCGGCCAAGAUCCCCAAACAGAGUCCAGGCUGGGCAGAGGUCUUCUCUGGACAGUCGAACAUCAACCUCGUGGUGUACACAUUUCUGGCCAUGCAUUCGGUGGCCUAUGACCAACUACUGCCGAUAUUCAUGCAUUAUCCGGUGCAAUCUAUUCAAGACCCCCGGGUUCAUUUACCAUGGAAGUUUGCUGGGGGAUUCGGGAUUGAUUCAAACAGAAUUGGCUUGCUUUUUACCAUCUACGGUGUUUUCGGCAUGCUCAUCCAGUUCUUUGUCUUUCCCCCUUUUGCGAGGAGGUUUGGCGUUUUAAACUGUCUCAAGGCUUGUUGUCUAGCAUUUCCCUUGGUCUAUGUUGCAACGCCCUUCACGGCGCUAUUACCAUCUGACUCGUCAAAACAAGGCAUUAUGAUGUUGCUGAUGCUGAUCAAAGGAUUUUGUGGUAUCUUCGCGUUCCCUUGUUCCACCAUUCUUCUUACCAAUAGCGCUGCUAGCUUGAAGAUAUUAGGUACGCUGAAUGGGGUAGCAACCAGUAUCUCUGCCAUUGGAAGAGCUGCCGGACCAGCUUUAGCAGGCGCCACGUUCACCAAAGGAGUCGAUAUCGGAUAUGUCGUGAUAUCUUGGUGGACAUUGGCAUUGAUCGCCAUUGUUGGCGCAGUUCCAGUCUGGUUUCUCGUGGAGAUGGAAGGCUUUGGAGGUGACCAGGACGAAGACGAAAGUGACGAAGAUGAUGACGAAGACGAUGAUGAUGACGCUAAAGCAUCUGCGAUUCCCGCCGCUGGAGCACAUUCCAGGAAAUCUAGUGCUCCAUCUAUAGACGAAGAAGCAGUGGAAGACGACGAAGACCUGUCAGAGUCUCGCCUCUUACCACAUGGUACUCCGAGGACCUCACAACCUUCUUCUCGACGUCACAGCCUCCAGCUUCGACGAGUUUCCAGCCCCAUCGGACUUGGCCCUGGCAUUAUCCCUACCGGAGCCCGCAGAUAUAGCAGUGACCUUGGAGCUACGAGGAGUGGAUUAGGUGUCGGCGGGACGAGUUAUUAUUGAGCAUUUUCAGAGUGCAGAGACCAUUGAAAGUCCCAAUAGGCUUUGAUGGAAAAUACACAUACGGCGUACGGAAUAGAUCCCAACAACCUGAGAUGACUUUGAAUCAUAACCGUGCUAUCGUA